AUGGGCAACGAAGCCGCCAAGACAACCGAGGCCGCGAGCGACCUCAAUCCAAACGGCUUCGUCACUGACCGCAAGAUUGAUGGGGAGCGACGUUCCCUCCGCCAUUAUAAUGAUGGUCGAGUAUCGGGACGCGGUAGGAGUGUCGGGUCAGACCUCCGAACAAAGAUGCACAAGAACUGUACGAAGACCAGAGGUCGCGCCAGGCCUCUCACCUCCCACCCCGGGGAAUCGAGCGAUCGUUCUACUCCAGCUGCUGGGCCCAGUCCAUCUGAUAUCGCUGAGAUCACUGCUGCCGUGGCCAAGCUCAAAACUGACCAUCCCACUAGCGCGAAAGUAAAAAGACUCAGCAAGAAGUUGAACCCCAAUGCCGAUUCGACGAUUGAGACUGUGACUCUACGAAAGGUCACUUCUUCCUCUGUAGCUAGUGUGGUCUCCUCUAGGUGCAGCACUGGCAGCAGGAGUUCUGUCAAUGCUAGGAUAGCGGAUAUUGAAGAUCGAAUAAGGAAUCACAUCAAACCACGGCUCCUGUCUAUAAGGGAGGAAGACGAAGAGUAA